GCUUGAGGAAUGAGGAAUAUGAGCAAAGAGCCCUCUGGACCCCCCAACCGAUAUGCUUCUUGUGAAUGGUACUACCAUGUUCCACUGAAACGAUCAGAGAAGACUGUGAACUCAGAAAUCUCAAUUCCUCCACCAUCCCAGAUCCCAGGUCUGAGCAACCUUGGAGAGCAUCACAAUGAAAUUACAUUUGGGAGCCGCAGGAAAUGGAUCAAAGACACAGACUCAGAAUACGUAAAGCUGGCAAAGCAAGGAGGACGACCUGAUUUGCUGAAACAUUUUACACCUAGUACAAGAAAAACAUCCCCAGUAGCUUAUGCUGUACCUGACUGGUAUACACACCACAGUAAACCACUAACAGAUGAUGAAUCUAAAGCCCAAGUUUCUUCAAUGCCUGACUACAUGGUUCAUGAAGAGUUUAAGUCUGAUCAGCUCAAUGGUAACUAUGAAACAAAAAGAGGGCCUUUUGAUUUUGAUAUGAAAAGUAUUUGGCAGAGGGAUGCUGAGGACAAGGAGAACAAAGAGAAAAAGAAGGAAAAUGCUGCUCAAGUUGAGGUCCAUGUGGGCAACACAAAAGAGGUAAAGCUUCCUGCUAUAAACCCCAAAUACCCGAACAGAAUACCACCCUCUACUGCAAAUAAGGAAUUCCACGGGGGAAAUAGGCUUUAUUUUCCACCUAUGCCUGGUCAGAAAAACAAUGAACCAGUAAACUUCAGCAAACUGAUUAGCAAUGGUUACAGGGAUGAUUGGAUUCAGCAGCGUAAUGACUGGGAGAAAAAGAUUCAGCAAACCUCAAAAAAUAAUGAGCAGCCUGAAGAGACUCUUCCUCCAAGUGAGUACCAGAAGAAAAUAGGAAAGAAGCAGAAAGCUAAAAAAUAUACGUUGUCAUUCAAAAGAAAAACUGUUGCAAAAAUAAAGGAUGAGCCCAGAUCUCAGUCUGGACCUGAAAUAAGUGCCCUGCCUAAGAAGUCACUCUUCAAACUCAACAUGUUCAGAGACAUCCCAGCCCGAAUUGACUCCAACAGACAAGUAAAAGCUGCAGCUUCAGAGAUGUAAUAAAGAUAUUAAUAUUUUAAAAAGAGCAUCAAGAACAGUAAAGCAUGAUAUAGCUUAUGAAACAGGCUCCUAUGUUUAUAGGUUGAUAUUUGUUAAUUACAUGUAUCUAACCAUUGUAGUUAAAUUCAUCCCUGGUGCAACUUCUUUACUUCAGUAGCUUUACACCAGAGAUGAAACUGGUUCUGUGCUUCACUCCAGCAAGUUUUACAGUGUAGGCAAUAGCUACUGCAGUAUACAUCUAGGUCUGGUUUUAAUGUUAUGUCAGCAUACAAAAUUGAA